AUGAACUCUUCUAGUACUAACAUAAAUGGAAGCGAGUCUGUAACAAGCCCUGCUGAGUUGAAUUCGGACGAUGCAACAUGGAUUUUGACAAGUGCUUUCAUAAUAUUUACAAUGCAGUCUGGAUUCGGACUAGUGGAGUCAGGUCUGGUCUCUCAGAAGAAUGAGGUCAAUAUUAUGGUUAAAAAUGCCGUGGACGUCAUAUAUGGAGGACUAUCUUAUUGGUUGUACGGAUUUGCAUUUAGCUUUGGCAUCGCUGAAGGAACAAAUGCCUUUUGUGGCAUGGGUUAUUUUGCGAUGGACGUAGAAGCUGAGCAAGGAGAUGUGUUCGCCCUGUAUUUCUUUCAGAUGUCGUUCGCCACAACUGCCACAACCAUCGUGUCGGGGGCAAUGGCGGAAAGAACUCAUCUACAUGCAUACACAAUUUACUCUUUUACCAACACGAUAUCGUAUGUCUUUCCAGCACAUUGGCUGUGGGGUGAAAAAGGCUUUCUCAAGGAGCUUGGUGCUAUUGACAUUGCAGGGUGUUCUGGUGUUCACUUAGUUGGAGGAGUCGCUGGUUUGGUGGCCUCGAUCAUGCUGGGUCCGAGACUAGGACGAUAUGACAAUUCAGUCAAACAAGGAAAGCCGGGGUCACUCACCAAUGUUCUACUGGGAACGUUUAUGCUGUGGUGGGGCUGGCUUGGGUUUAAUUGUGGCAGCACUUUUGGAAUGAGUGGAGGAAAAUGGCUACUUGCCUCAAGGUCAGCAAUAGUAACAUUGAACGGGUCAAUUGGAGGAGGAAUCUUAGGGAUAGCUUACAGCUACUACUACCGAAAAGGAAAGCUGGACGUGGCAGUAUUCAUAACUGGCAUUCUAGGAGGUCUCGUGGGUAUCACAGCCAUCUGUGCUGUGUGUCGUCCUUGGGAGGCCUUCCUCAUAGGAUUCAUAGGAGGAUUGGUUGCAUGCGGCAGUUGCGACAUUAUUGACAGAUUGAAAGUCGAUGACCCUGUGGGUUGCAUAGGAACUCAUGCUGUUGCUGGUAUUUGGGGGAUGAUUGCAGUCGCUUUAUUUGUAGAAGAAGACGAGCUUGAGGGAUUGUCAGAUGCUCGUGGGCUCUUCAAAGGUGGCAGCGUAAAACUGCUGGGUGUCCAACUUCUGGCAUGUGUCGUUAUUGCCGCUUGGAGUGCUAUGACUACAUGGCUACAAUUGUUUCUUAUCAAUAAAAUUCUUCCAAUUAGACUCACUCGUGAGCAAGAGAUCAUAGGUACUGACAAACUUGAGCACGGGAUUGACUAUAAUGAUUCUGAGGACGACAUCUUUGGACUGGAAAACGAUACACUGGAGGGAGAAGAGGACGGAGUCGACAGUUUCGGAGAAUACACCAAAAAUGAAGCUCUAGCUAAUAGGCACGGAGCCAACAUGGAUCAAAUACUUUCCAUUCGGAAUCUUCCAGGAUAUGCCAACUAUGGUCUCGAGUCCAGUUCAGGAAGCCAUUUAUCGAAGCGAAAGAUGACAGCUGAAGUCGGAGUACAGGUGGAUCUGCAAGACGCUUAACUUUUCCAGGAAUCACGUCUCCUCACAAGCACUUAUUCUGAUGAUCAUUUGACAUCUUUAGACCAAAGUCAGGUUUCAUUUUUUUGCAAACGUAGAAAAUGUGCUAGUCAUUCUUUAAAUUACUGUGAAUACGUAAAUAUUUUAUUUUCAUAUAUUCACAAUCAUUUACCAUUCAUCACCUAACGAGUUCAUUACAACUCUCAGUUGGUAGAGCAAUGCUCCGGUAUCGCAAAGGUCAUUGGCUUUAAUCCAGUACAGGCUUGAAUUUUUCCCUUAUUUUGAGCCUC